CUCCAAACACUCCCCAAUAAAAAAACCCUCUCAGGGACCCCCUGAUAGAUUUGGGACGAGCUCCCCCUCCCCAGCCACCUGCAGGAUGCCGUGGGGGGACGCUCCCGGGGCCGGGAGUGCUGCGGACACAGCGGGCACUGGAACCUCCUGCUUCUCCUUCUAUUCCUGUUCCUGCUCCUCCUCCUCCUGCUCCUCCUUUUCCUCUCCUCCACCUCCUGCUGUUCUCCUCCUUCCUCAUCCCGCCUCCUCCCCAGUUCCUGCUUUCUGUAUAUUUAGAGUGGAGAACUUUGCUUGUUUCUAGAACUAGAACAGAGAUCCCAGACGGAACAAUCCUUGCUGGUUUUAGUCAGCAGCAUCAGUGACUAAAGGGGUACAGUCUGCGACGUGUGCAGCACGGCCAAAAUGAUCCAGCAAGCGGUUGCUGCAGUUUGCACUCUGUACUCUGUGGCUUAUUCGGGCUAUUUUUUAGCCCACUUGGCACGGCACCUCACGCGUGGAUCCCGAGCAGCUCCUCCUUCGGGCACAAAAGCAGCAUCAGCUCCUCCUCUGGCUCCCUCUGCUUCCAAAGAGGAGGCCAAAGAGGAGGAAGACAGCAGUGAACUUCCCACUCUUCUGGGGGAUGAUGGUGAACUUCCCUCUGUCCCGGGAGAUGAGGGCAAACAUCCCACGGUUUGGGAAUACAACAGUGAAGCUCCUGUGGUGUGGGGCGAGGAUGGUGGACAUCACCCGGUGUGGGACGGGGACAGCGAGGCUCCAGCGGCAUGGGACAAGGAGGACGGACAUCUCCCAGUGUGGGACGAGGACAGAGGACAUCCUGUGACUUGGGAAGAGGAGGCUGCAAUUCUCCCAGCAUGGGAAGAGGAUGGCAAACAUCCCGUGGCUUGGAAAGAAGACCAGGAACCUGUUGAAUUUUGGGAAGAGGAUGGGGAACCUCCCUCUGCUUGGGAAGAGGACACUGAAGCUCCCUCUGCUGCGGGAUCCUGGGCUGAACAUUCUGACAGCAGCAGAGCCCUGCAGCCAGAGGGCAGAGAGGAGUGGUGCCUGAUGCAGCUGAGGAGCGCCGUGAGCGUGGGGGAGCCUGCCGAGAAAUACCUGGAACUGGAGCAGGUUGGCCAAGGGGCUUUUGGAACCGUUUCUAAAGGACUCGACAGGGCCACUGGAGGAGAGGUGGCCAUAAAGAAAAUGAGUCUCAGAGGGCAGAACGGGGAACGAGCUGUGAAUGAGAUCCUGGUCCUGAAGGACAAGAAGAACCCCAACAUUGUCAGCUCUUGGGACAGCUUCCUUGUUGAUGAAGAUCUCUGGCUGGUGAUGGAAUACAUGGAUGGAGGAACUUUGCAGGACGUUGUCAGACAGACACGCAUGGCUGAAGGAGAGAUGGCAGCUGUCAGUCGGGAGUGUCUGCAGGGCCUGGAUUUCCUCCACUCGAACCGGGUGAUCCACAGAGAUCUGAAGAGCUCCAACAUCCUUCUGGCAACGGAUGGCUCUGUCAAGCUGGCUGAUUUUGGCCUCUGCGCUCAGCUCAGCCCUGAGCAGGAGCAGCGCAGCUCCAUGGUGGGCACUGCUCACUGGAUGGCCCCAGAGGUUGUGACCAGUUCUCCUUAUGGCCCCAAGGUGGACAUCUGGUCCUUGGGCAUUGUGACCAUCGAGAUGGUGGAAGGAGAACCUCCUUACUUUGAGCACACGGCGGCCAUGGCUCGCUGUCUGAUCCGGCAGAACGGGACCCCGCAGCUGCAGGAGCCCAGGCGCCUGUCGGCUCUGCUGCGGGACUUCCUGGAGUGCAGCCUGGAGCCGGACGAGGAGCGGCGCUUGUCUGCCCAGGAGCUGCUGCAGGUGGAUGCGAAGCGGCUGCAGGGGAAACAGCAGCGCGAGGGAGGGGUUUUCUCCAAAGCAACUGAGGGAACAGUGGAGGACGUGAAGCACCUGGGGACAGCUUUUCGUUAUAGUAGUUAG